CUCCGUCAUAGCGAGCCUCUUGAUUAAAGCAGAUUGGGUUUGCCAGAGGAUUAUCACUCGGCUUUCCGGUCGUCUCCCCCGCAGGUUACUUUCCCCAGACUCCUCUGCCAUUUCAGAGGACGGCACCGAGGAACAUGGGCUUGUUGAACAUUUUCACUUCCAUCAGGGACCGAGUUGAUAAGUUCCUCAAUGAGAAGAACGUGGUCACAGAUUUUCUGGGGAAGGUGGAGGAUAAAACGGGAAUCAAGAAGAAGGUCAUUGCAAUAGGUGCCGUCUCGUUGACAGGACUUUAUCUGGUGUACGGAUAUGGUGCUUCGCUCCUCUGCAACCUGAUCGGCUUCGCCUAUCCAGCUUAUUAUUCAAUUAAAGCCAUAGAAAGUCCCUGCAAAGAAGACGACACGAAAUGGUUGACUUACUGGGUGGUGUACGGCGUCUUCAGCCUGGGCGAGUUCUUCUCUGACAUUUUCCUCUACUGGUUUCCAUUUUACUACGCCUUUAAGUGCCUGUUCCUGCUGUGGUGCAUGGCUCCCAUGUCGUGGAACGGCUCCCAGAUCAUUUACAACAAAGUGGUUCGGCCCGUCUUCCUCCGGCACGAGGCCACGGUGGACAACAUGGUCAGUGACCUGAGCGGGAAGGCCAUGAGCGCCGCGGAGAACCUCACCAGAGAAGUUCUGUCCACCCUGGUGAAGAACAAAAACCUGGUGGUGCCGAUGCAGCCUGUCGCCCAGGCGGAAACCAAGAGUUUACCGAGUUCAUCCGGGCGAAGAUCGAGUGCUGGAGUCGCUCCCUGUGAGCCGAGCGAGGAAGAACGCAGACCUUUUCUUGGGUGACCAGACUGUCAGUCAGAAAGCAGCAGAGGAAGAGGAGGCUCCGUGAGGAAGAGGAGGAGCCAGAUGUUUUUGCCCUUCGUCCUGGAUUGAUCCAAACAGAAAGGCUCGGUCAUCGGGCCGUAUUUCUGUAGAACAGGAAAUCUCUGGGAACUGUCUGGCAUUUAAUCUGAUUUUAUGAUUUGGAGCUAAUUUAUUCAACUUUACAUGUUAAACUCUUGAGACCUGAGCCAUGCUAAUGGCCGCUGAUGUCAGAACAACUUCAGGACGUGGAACAAAACGUCAAAUCCUACGACUUCAGGCUCCACUUCAUCCACACAGAAAGUUCAGUUUAGAUUAAAGCUGAACUGAAGCCAUUAAAAACCAACCAGCUCACA